AUGGCUUCAGGAUUGGGCUUCCAAGUCCUGGCAACUCUGUCUCUUGCUCUGGCUCUCACCUGCCUCCAUCCCACCCACGGUAAAAAAAAAUGGGAAGAAACGAUCAUAACAUGCGAGAAACUGGAGCAAGGCGCGUGCGCGUACGCUGUCUCGUCGACGGGAAAGCGGUGCGUGCUGGAGAAGCGCGUGAAGAGGGGAGGGCAGGAGGAGUACAACUGCCGGACGUCGGAGAUCGAGGCCGACAAGCUGAAGAACUGGGUGGAGACGGAUGAUUGCAUUAAAUCCUGCGGGUUGGAGAGGAAAUCUCUGGGGAUCUCGUCGGAUACCCUCCUCAAGCCUGGACUCACGCGCCACCUCUGCUCUGCUCAGUGCUACGAUGCCUGCCCCAACGUCGUCGACCUUUACUUCAACCUCGCCGCCGGUGAAGGGGUUUCCCUACCGAAGCUAUGCGCGGCCCAAGAAGGGAAAGGGCGGAGGGAAUUGACGGCCGAUAUUAAGAGCUCAGGCGGCCUUCUUAUUGCGCCGGGCCCAAUUCAGGCGAUGAGGUACAUGGUGGCACCGGCAACGCCGCCGGUACCGGAGCAACCGCCACCACUGAGGCGGGAGACGGGCAGUUUCGCCCCGGGGACUAUCUCACCACUACCAAGCUAUUAGUUUAUCCAUCAACGGAGUGAUGAAGCUUAUUAAGCACGUUAUAUGCGAUAUACAAAUUACGAGUGGGAGAGAUUAAUUAUAUUGAUAGAAUUACGAUGUUUAAUUAGAGUAUCAGCGAACGAAGGAAUACAAAGAAGAAGCAGCAAUGAGGAUCCAAUCUAUUAUGGCC